AUGGCAACAGGAUUGUAUGAUCAAAGUGCCACCCAUUUGGAUGUGUGCCACAAUGUGCAUUACAAACAGAAGCGAACCAUGCUGCUUAGGCUCCUGCCAUUUGUGGUCUCCUGCACCAUCUAUUUCGUUCUUUUGCUCCCCGAGCCCAGCUUGAAGAGCGCUAUCAUAAAGUGCUUCCCCACGUUCUCCCUGGCGUUCUUUGUGGCCACUCAGUCCAAAAAUGGAGGUGUCUUCAAACCGUAUUCCCGGUGGAUUUUCCAUGGUCUCUUGUUCGCAUGUGUGGGAGAUGCCUGCUUGGUAUGGCCAGAGUUCUUCCUUGCAGGAAUGGGUGCCUUUGCCAUCUGCCACAUCUGCUACAUCGCAGCCUUUGGCCUGGCUCCCCUUCAACCUCUCACCUUCCUGGUCAUCCAGGGACUCGUGGCUGUGAGUUACGUGGUGAUCCUGCUGCCCUGUUUGUCAGGUUUCUACAUGUGGGCAGUGCUGUUUUAUUCAGGCCUCCUCGGCAUCAUGACCUGGCGUGCCCUGUCUUGCUCCAAAGGGUUGGCUUCAGCGGGCAGCUUGGUGUUCAUCGUGUCUGAUAUGUUGGUUGCCUACGACAAAUUCUGCACCUCCUAUCCUCUCGCCCGCAUCCUGUACAUGGGCACUUACUACCUCGCCCAAACCUUGAUUGCCCUCUCAAUAGAUUCUCCGAAAUUUUCCCCGAAGGAGAACUGAGUCUUGAAUUGGACUUCAGGAUUGUCCUUCAGCAUCAAAAGUUUGCUAGGCAUUCUGCCUCUCAGAUUCACACUUCUCAAGUUCAACUAACUUCUGGUUGGGUUGAAACUGCAGCUCCCAGGAUUCCCAUGGGCUAACAGCUGUGAGUAAUCGGCAGCAGCUAUAUCCAUAAUCCCCAGCCAGUAUGGACUUUGUGGAUUCUUAAGAAUUGUAGGCCUGUAUUCAUGGAAGACAUCACGUUGGAGGAAGCUCUGGACAGAUUCCUUUCAGAAGUUCAGGUUCUGAGUCCAGAUGGUUCUAAGAACAGCUGCUGUGUCCUCCACAUUUCCCAUCUUCAUUGUUAUUUCACAAUUUUCUUCCAGGAAGUGAUGAUGUCAAUAAUCUAAUAAUAAAAGGGCUAAUGACAAAAAGAAUUAUGAA